AUGGCGCGAGCCACCAACGAAAUCUCCUCGACCCUCAACGCUUUACAAGCCAUCUACAUGCGACACACAGAUCACCACGGGGUCGCGCACCGGCCCUACGGCAACGACCUCGUCACAUUCGAGCGCCACAUGGGUCGUCUGCUCGUGCUGCGCGGUGUGGUCGCCGAAAACGACCCUUGCAUGUUCCAUGAAGACCCAUGGGUCAUGUACAGGCGCGAAUUCGGCUCUCUUUCAUCGCGAUCUCAAGAUCCCUAUCCCCCAGCAGUCAACGUCCCGCGUGGGAUCCUGCUGCCCUCGAAUCCAGGGAAUACAAGAGCGAUGUAUCGGGGCGGACAACUUGCCCAAACCAUUCGUGCUUCUAUGCCUGCGACCCGGCUCCCGAGCCCGACCUUGCCGGGUCUUUCCUCAGGUUAUGUUGCCCCUGCCUGGCCGCGGCCCUCCUCUGGAUGUCAUGUGAGAUUUGCGCCGGAUCCUCCUGGGAGACCGCAUGGUGGGAAUGGCACUGGUCAUUCCAGCCAUAUUCCUCGGUGGAUCAAUUAG